AUGCUCGACCAAAUUUGCUUGCGCAUCUCCCCGGUGCCUCUGCCUCCAGCGGACACCUUCCUCAACCAGAUCGCCAUCGUGACUGGCGGCACCGGUGGUCUCGGCCUCGCUGCCGCCGCGCACUUUGUCAAUCUCGGUGCAAAGCAAGUCAUCAUCACCAGCAGGAGUGCCCCGAGGGCGAAGCACGCGCUGGAAGAGCUGGAGCGCCUGACCAGCGGCAAGAGUGCGGAACCGGGCAGGGUGCGUGUGAUGGAGCUGGACAUGGCUUCCUUCAAGUCCGUGGUUGCAUUCGUGGAAGAGGCUGGCAAGAUCAAUGUCGGUAGGGGAGGUGUAGAUUGUGUGGUGCUGAAUGCCGGGGUUGUUAGUGUCGAGUAUGACGCCACCGAUGACGGAUUCGAACAAGCUCUCCAAGUCAACGCCAUCAGCACGGCUCUGCUCGCACGCCUGCUCCUGGAAUCCAUGCUGCGCGAGCAUCCCCACCGCAAAACACCAGCACACAUGGCACUCACGGGAUCCACGCGGCAUACGGACGGCGAUGUCGACGUGCUCGGCCGGUGGGCAAAGACCGACGGCAUCGUUGGCCAUCUCAACAAGCCUGAGAACUAUCCCGGAUCGAGUCUGACAUACCAGAACACAAAAUUGCUGGCGCACUAUGCGAUGGAGAACGUCGCGGAGCUGGCGAGAGACAGAGAUUCUGGACGCCCACGCGUCAUCGUAAACACCUGCUGCCCGGGUGUAGUAAAGACGGAUCUCGCCCGGCCGUUCGUGUCGCAGAACGCCGCUUACGCCGUGGGCGUUGCUGUUUUCCAGGGCGUGCUGGGCAAGACUGCAGAGGCUGGGGCCCGGACACUCCUGCGGGCAGUCAUGACGGACGAGGAACAACAUGGCGAGUUUAUCAGGUUCUAUGGCUCGAAGGAGAAAUACGCAGUACAAGCCGAGAAACUGUUCCGCAGUGAGACUGGAAAGCGAGUCCGCGCCUCGUUGUGGCGGGAAUUUGGGGCAAUCGUCCGGGACAAAGUCCCCGAGGUGGCAGAUCGGUUUCUUCAAGAGUGA